AUGGGUAUAGAAGCUCAAACCAUCCAAAACAUUUCUCACAUACACCCUCUCACACUUAACGAAUUUGACCAAGGGGCGUGUCUCGUAUGCUUAGAAGAAGAUAGCGUCGCCUACUAUGACUGUCUUCCUUGCGGGUUCAAGCUUUGUAUAGAUUGUGCGAAGAAGCCACUCGUCAUUAACGGAGAAGAGGCACAUGAGCAUCCACUCUCUAUCCUCCCCAAGGCUUCUCUCGUUUUUACUUGUGAUGCUUGUGGGGAGGUUAAAGAAGCUGGAGCUGGCUUGACUUUUUGUGUAUGUAUCCUAUGUUGUUUUACCAUCCAUAGGAGUUGCAUUUCGUUACCUCGCGUCAUAUACAUCAACCGUCAUGAUCAUCUCAUCUCUCAUCUAUAUCCAAUCGGUGCAAGAGAAGGAAACUGUGGGGUUUGUAGUAAGAAAGUUGACGGGAAGUAUGCGGGAUAUUCUUGCUCCGUCUGCUCAUUUGUUGUUCAUUCUAAAUGUGCCACAAGAGAUGACGUGUGGGAUGGGGAAGAGAUUGAAGACGUUCCUCAAGAAGAUCUUAAAGAGAUUAUUCCAUUUGAAGUGGUGGGUGAGGGUCUAAUAAGGCAUUGUAGUCAUGGACAACAUGAUCAUUUAAAACUCAUCCUCCCCGUGGACGAUUCUUAUGUUCGUUUAAAAGACAAACAAUGUUUUGCAUGCAUCCUUCAGAUCUUGUCUGGUCCAUGCUACAUAUGUUCACUUGACGAAUGUGACUUCAUUUUGCAUGAAAGAUGUGCCAAUCUUCUUAAGAAGAUAACACAUCCUGCUUCUUGGUCUCGUCUCACUCUAUCUUUUAAUGUACGGAAAUUUUAUUUCGAAAAUAACAACACAUGUGCUUGUUGUAAGCGAGGUGGAACUGGAAGUGCCUUCACAUACGCGUUUCGCAACAAUUCAGAGAUGUUCAUUAUUUGUGUACGAUGCGCUUCUAUUAAAAAUGGGCAUGUCCAUGCAAGUCACCCUCACUCGGGGCUCAUACUUCAAAACAACGACAGCGAAGACCCCCUGGUGUGUUCAAUUUGCUCGGAAGAUCGGCUUAUUACGCUUAAAUGCAUCGAAUGUGAGAGUUUUGUAUUGUGCUACCGUUGCGCUACUUUGCCUGCCGUGGUUAACCACAAGUACGACGAGCAUCCGGUUUGUUUACGGUAUGGAGAGAACCGGAAUGGUAUAUAUUGGUGUGAGAUAUGCGAGACGACAUUAGAUCCAAAAAGUUGGUUUUACACAUGUGAUGAGUGUGGUUCCACGCUUCAUAUCGAUUGUGUUCUUGGAAAAGACCCAUCUUAUAGGGUUGGAUUCACCUAUUUUGAUUUGGGUAAGGACAUCGAGGUGGUUCAAAACAAUUAUGUUACUCGUCCAUAUUGCCAAGGGUGGUGCUCAAGGUCGCCAUCUCGAUGCCAAGGUCCGGUCGUCUUCAAAUCUGGGGACCUGUUCUGGUGUUCUAGCCAUUGCGCUUUUAUCUAUUGUAAAAGAUAUCAUGACUGGUGGUGA